AUCUACUCUAACUCAGUGGAAAUUUGAAAACAACCAUAAGAGGGUUGAUUGAUUUAACUGUCACUCUUGCUGGUAAGUCAUGAGAAAUCCUCAGUAAUGGGAAAGGGAAAGCACCAACCUAACUGGCUGGUACUACAAAAUUAGACUGGUCAGCAGCUGCAGCAACUCCUGCGCCCCACACCAUUUAUGUGGUUUGAUGAUCCCACACUUUUCUUGUGUACCAUCCCCCAAGCAGUGUCCAGUGUACUCGUAUUUUUCCUUCUCUUCACUCUAAUCCUCAAAAUCCAAAUAGACACCGAAAGCCUCGUAGGAAAUUGAAAAAAAAAAAAAUGAAACUUGCAAUAAACACAAACCAAGUCUAAUUAUUAAUUCUUGCAUGUCUUGCAUUUUUCUCUAUUUGGAUUAUCAUCUGUUUUUUUUUCUUUGGCCUGCUGCUGUCUCUAUCACCAUGUAUUGUCAGUCAAAGUUCAAAUCUUUCUUUAUAUUCCAAUUUCCAAUCCUCCAACCCCAACGACUCCACAUAUUUCCCCGGUCAAAAAGUUCAACUCUUCUUCUCUAGUUCUCGUGUCUUUAUCCACCUCUAACAAUUCUUUUCAUACGCCUCUAACAAUCAUGAAAGAAACAACUCAAAGCAAGUCCAAAAAUAAGCCCCCUCAAUCCCAUCAGCAGUCCCAACCCAAAGUCAUGCAAUUAUCAUCAGCAGCAGCAGCUUCCUCUAAGUCAAGACCUCAGAAACCAUUACAAAUAUUGCAGCAGCAGCAGCUUCCUGUUGUUUCUGAUCAAAGCAACAACAACAGCAAGGAGAAGAAGAACAACUCUCUAUCAGAACAAGAACUGAAGCUAGCAGCCAUAGCAAUCAGCCUAAACGUGCGAUUAAGAACCUCAGACAUGCCCGUGUCCAUGCAAGAGCAUGCACUCCGCUACACCCGAUCACUCGUCACUGCCGGUACCUCCGGUGCCACUCCUCCUCAAACUCAUCGACUUAGCCCCGCCCUCCUCGCUCGUUCUCUCAAAAAGGAGUUUGAUGGGUUGUAUGGGCCGGCAUGGCACUGUGUAGUGGGGAAGAGUUUCGGGUCGUUUGUCACACAUUCACCAGGCGGGUUUGUGUAUUUCUCUUUGGAUUCGCUGUCUUUUCUUCUAUUCAAGACUGAAGUUCAGCUGGUUAUCAAUUGAACUGAACGAUAUUUCACACCUCCCAGCCCCAACACCCCAGCAACCCCCGCCCCCCAAC